AGUCCCGGGAAAGCCCUGCGAAAAAAGCGCGCAGUUUCAGAUUUUCGCAGCUGCUUGUGCGCGUUUUCAGGCUCGAUCCGAGGACUUUCCGUUAAUAAAGUCCGCAGGAUCGGCGGUGCGGAUGGCCGCUUCUUGAUACCGUAUGCGCGGCAUCGCAGGGAGGAAACACGCCGUGAUCGGAGGUUCGGGAAAAGCGCGGCUUCACGAAAAUGUCCUUGUCUUGGACGCGCGGGGAGGAUGCGGACUGUCAGGACACAGAUUCCGAUGUAGCGGACCAGAAGGACUACGGGAAAGUCAAAGUGAAGUGGACGCAGGAAGAGGAUGAUAAUCUGCGAACACUGGUUCAGAGCUUGGGAACGACCGACUGGAAAUACAUCGCCAGUUUUCUGCCAAAUCGGUCGGAACAUCAGUGUCAGCACCGCUGGUACAAAGUUUUGGAUCCCGACCUUGUCAAAGGACCCUGGACUAAAGAGGAGGACGAAAAGGUCAUAGAGCUGGUGAAUAGGUAUGGUAACAAGCAGUGGGCCAUGGUGGCUAAGCACUUGAAGGGACGUCUGGGAAAGCAGUGCCGUGAACGCUGGCAUAACCACCUGAACCCAGAUGUGAAGAAGUCCUCCUGGACUGCGGAGGAGGACCUCAUCAUCUAUAAGGCCCACUGUGUGCUGGGAAACCGCUGGGCUGAGAUCGCCAAGCUGCUCCCUGGCAGAACAGACAAUGCGGUGAAAAAUCACUGGAACUCCACAAUCAAGCGCAAGGUUGAGACGGGUUACUAUGAUGGAGUGGACACGACUCUCCAUAUCAUUCACCAGCCCGAGACGGAAAAUGUUAUAGUUCAGCACAUUGAUGCACAGGAGGAGUUCUGUUACAACGGAGCCAGAGAGGGAAUCCCAGUAGAGGUGGUGACGCAGGAGUCUUUCGAUCCUGCACCGCAGAAAGCUGAAGCUGCUCCCGUCAGCUCUGCGACUCCUAAACAUCCCAGAGCUCCAGCUACCCCUAAAAGCGAAGCAGACAGUGGAGGGAACUCUGCCUGGGUGGUGGACAGCUCCGGCUUCCUCUCGCCCUCUGCAGCGCCCACCCUGAAGGAGGUUAUGGAGCUGAUGGACGGGGAACUAGAGGGCUGGUGUAAUCUGGCUGAUUUUGACUUGCCGGAGGAGAGUCAGAGUCCGGAGGUUCUGCAGUUCCGGUUGGAGGGCAGUGCUCUACAGGAGCUCAGUAAAGGCAGUAAAGGGGAGCUAAUCCCAAUCUCUCCUGGCGGGGCCACACCCCCCUCCAUCUUGAGUCGCCGUACCCGCCGCCGCAUCGCCCUGUCCCCAGACCCCAACGACUCCAUGACCCCCAAAAGCACUCCUGUGAAGAUCCUGCCCUUCUCUCCCUCACAGUUUCUCAAUUUAUGGACCAAACAAGACACCCUGGACUUGGAGAAUCCCUCUCUCACAUCGACUCCUGUAUGUAGCCAAAAGGCCGUUGUCACCACACCACUACACCGUGACAAGACUCCCCUUACUCAGAAAGAAAACUCUGUAUUCAUCACGCCGAACCACAAGGCGGAUAUGGAUAACACUCCCCGCACUCCUACCCCAUUUAAAAAUGCCCUGGAGAAGUACGGCUCCAUACGGCCUCUGCCACCAACGCCUAACUUGGAGGAGGACCUGAAGGAGGUCCUGCGCAGCGAGGCGGGGAUCGAGCUCAUUGUGAAGGAUGAGAGUCCACCUGAGUGGAGACAAAAACAAGUGCACCGGCCUCCCAUGAAGAAAGUCCGCAAAUCUCUGGCCUUGGACGUGUUGGACUGUAAAGACCCCGGCUCUGCUCGACGCCAGCAAACUAAACCUGCUGCCAAGCCCAGCAGGAAGGUGGACCAGUCACUGUCACAUUCCCUCAACUCCUCUAUUACGGUGAAGAAGGAGGAGAACGUCCUGGACCAAGGAUUCAUCCUUGGCCCAAAUGAAAGUGGAAUAAUCACCAGUCGAGCACAGCCCACCCCCAUCCUGAUCCCACCUGCUCCUAUGACGCCAGCGUGGGAAACCGUGGCGUGUGGUCGGACGAAGGAUCAGCUGAUCAUGACGGAGAAGGCCAGGCGUUAUCUCCGCUCCCUGAAGACUAGCGCGCACAGCCGAGCGCUCAUCCUCUCCUGAGGCUGCGCGAAACCCCACGCGGAAGAGUCGCCGUUUGCCUCCACCUUCUAUGUUCCUCAUGUUACGAAUUAAGAUGUAAAAAAAAAAAAUGGUUUGUUAAUAAUGCGUGAUGGGAUGGUUUUGAAACAGUGUUGUAAAUAACAAACGCCAUGUCCUUAUGAGCA